UGACCCAGAAAUGACCUAGAAAUGCUAUUCAGUUUAUGGCCAUAUAAGUAAAUAAAAUGACUAAUUAGCGAGAAACUUCAAACUUGAGGUCUAUUGUACAGUUGAUCAUACAUGAGGAAAGUAUACCAGUGAACACAGAGCAAAGAAAAUAUCUAAUACAGUCUACAUAAUUUAACAAGUCCCAUAUCAUGUUUAUAUUGUCAUUAUUGAGUCGCACUAUAUGAUGUCAAAGAAUCAGCUUUUAGAGGAAGUUCACAUUGAGGUGAUGAAAGCAAAUGUAAAUAAGGAAUCUUGCUUUCCAUGGAAAGAUGCAAAGGGGGACAACCGAUUGCUGAUGAUGGACCCGAAAUAUAAAAAUGUACUCAGUCCUUCCCAAAAGCAUGGCAGCACGGAGGAUAUUGACGGGCAACUGGGUGCCACAACACAUGUGUCGAAUACACCAAAGGCAAACAGGGAUCGCAUUAUGCAGAAAGCCUACAACCUGAGGAGCUGGACACACAUGCCCAAGUCCCCCAGCCAUCAACCACCUCCACGAAAAAGACGAUGUACCCAUGAGCCUAUGAAGUCAUCUAGCAGGACAGUGACAUCACAAUCUGAAUCUUUGUCAAUGUCUCAAGUGGUAUCACAAUCAGGCGCACAAUCAAUGUCUCAGCUUAUGCAAAUGUCUCAACCAGUGGCACAUCCAUUGUCUCAACCAUUGAUGCAAUAUAUUGAUCGGCCCAUACCUCAGUCAUUCCCCCAAUCAGUCCCACAGACAAUGACACAACCAUUGUCUCAACCCAAGGUACAACCUAUGGUUCAACCUAUGACACAGUCAAUGUCUCAAUAUAUAAUCAAACAGAAGAUGCAACCAUUGUCUCUACCUACAAUUCAGCCAAUGGCUCAACUCAUGACACAUGUGUCAAAUAGCAUACAGAAACCAACUGAACAAUCUUCACCAAAACCGCGGAAGAAACUUGUUUUCAGUAAAGAGUCAAGCAAGAAGAAAACAAAUGCCAAAGAUAACAGAAAGCAAGAACAGGCAUUGAUGCUGUAUGAAGGCUUUCUGGAGAACCAAACCCCAACAGAGCCCCAACUGGUCAAGUUAUCCAAUGCCACUGGAUUAUCACCAAAGCAUAUUAAGGCCUGGUUUACAAACAAGCGACACAUCUACAAGUCUAACAAGACAUCCUUUAUGCUGACAUACAAAAAGAUCAAGGAUAAAGCCAAGUUCAAGAAAUGGCUGGAUGACAAAACAAUCCCAGAUGACCUAGGUGUGAAAGCAGACAGCACGACCAAUGGGAAUCAAUGGGAAAACACUGACAAUUUGGAACCAAAUCUUGGGUCCACUUCGAAUGAGAAUGAUGAUACUUUACCACUGGGUGACCUCACUAAUGUGUAUUGUGUAAACAAAUAUGUGUACCCUAAAUUUCAAGAAGCACCACCAAUAAAAGAUAACACACAAUACUUUAAGCAUGACACACCAAUGCCAAAGGAUAAUACACCAAUACUAAUGCAAGACACACCAAGACCAAAGUUUGAAAUCCUACAACAAUCACAUGGCAGACUUCAAGUAAAGACUGACCCGACCAUAUAUGUCCCCACCAUACAUAGAAAAACAAACACAGUUGAGUACUACAAGCAAAAUGCCAAAGAACCCAACACAGGAAUACAUUCCACUGCAAAGACAGUUAAAUAUAAUCACGAUAAGUACUUGAAGUAUGUAGAUCUUCUUGAUGGCUUCAGUAAAAAUAUAGAGGAUGAUCUGGAUUUAAUAGAUGCAGAUGAAAACUCAUUUGAAGAACGCUAUCCCAUGCAAGAUGUUGCACAUUCAAAGGAUAUAACUCAGAACAAUGACAUAAACAACUAUCAAAUGAGCCAAAGUGUUGAUCAUCAAGAAGUAUUUAAUUUUGAUGCAAAAACAAAGAUUGAUGAUCUACAAAUCCACAAUCAGUAUUUGAAUAAAAAUGCUGGACAACUACCUUUAGUUGUUGAUCUAAAUUUCAGUCAAAAAUAUCAAAGUCCUGGUCAAAUGUAUCAAAAUCUUGGUCAAUAUCAAAAUUCUGGUCAGUUAUAUCAAAAGCCUUGUCACCCAUAUCAGAGUUCUGGUCAGUCAUAUCAAAAUCCUGACCAGUCAUAUCAAAACACUCACUUAUCAUACCAAAAUCCUGGUCAGUCAUUUCAAAGUCCUAUUCAGCCUUAUCAAAAUUUUGGUAACGGCCAUCAAAGUCCUAUUCAGUCAUGUCAAAAUCUUGGUCAGCUCUAUCAAAGUCCCAAUCAGUCAUAUCCAAAUCCUUAUCAGUCAUAUCAAAGUCCCAGUCAGUUAUAUCAAAAUCCUGGUCAAUCAUCUCAAAACAUUGGGCACAUUAACCCAUCAUAUGAUCAACAUGGAUGGCCUUCAUCUUGUGACUUCUAUACCUGGUACCAUCCCGACUCAAACGCUGAUACCACAGACAGACGUAGAAAUGUCUCUGCGCCAGGAUGGGUUGGAUGUCAAUAUAGAACUGAUUUGGCACGCCACUCAAAGUUUACACCAAACCAGCACAAUCGUCAAAUUGACCAUCUAAUUGCUUUCACAUUGAUGUCCCAAUAUCAGAACACAAAGCCAGAGACACGGCAGAAUGUGACGCAAAAUAAUACAAUUGCUGUGACAUCACAAUCAACAGGAAAAGCUCAUACACAUUUUCCAACAUACAAAACAACUAAUGAACAAUACACAGAGAACUCAACCAGCAGUCAACCAACAUGGAUGCCCAACAUAACAACAAAUAACGAAGCUUGGACACCACCAAAUAUAACCACACCAAAACCAAAUAUUGCCAUUGCACCAGCUAAAGAAGCCAUGGGGGUUUUAAAGAAAAAUGGUGCACUAGGGGGUAAUAUAGCCAUGGAAGCACAAGUAAACACAGUUCCAGCCACAACAACAGCAAAUGUUACCAUGGCACCUAGAGUUGGCACUGAGGUCAUGACAGCCAUGUUGCUUACGAGAACUGCAGUUGCCCUAAAUUCUCUAUCAAGUGAGCCUGAUGAUGUGAUUAAUGAUGCAGAUUGCACUCCUUUGGCUCAGGAUGAUCCAGUAUUUGUAUUUGAUGAACAAACACCAGAAACCCACAAUGUUGAAGGUAUCAAUCCUUUAGAUGAUUCAUAUACAAAAUGUAACACCAAGUUUGAUGAUGCAAUGAAAAGCCAAGGAACAGAAGAUGUAAACCCCAUACAUGAUUCAUAUCAGGGGCAUACAAAUUACACCAGCAAUAACAAAAUUGAUGAUUCUGCGUUUAUGUGUGAUAGCACUGACACAAGCUUUGCCAAAUCAACUCAUUUGCUAACAAAACAAGACACUGUAAACAAGAAUGAUGCCUCUGUUAACUCAGAACUGGAAUAUGACCUCGAGGGCAUGAUUGAUGACUUUAAGAAUUGCAACCAACAAAGUGAAUCGAUUGAUGUUGAAACCUUUGAUGCAGAAACCAACUGUGAUAUCCUUCAAUCUUGGGAAGCGGACUUCCUUAUGAGGUUGACACAGAAACUGGCAUGA